AUUUUUUGGUUCUUGCGUUCUGUGGUCGGAAAUGAACGGAACGGAAAGUUACUCCGACCAACACCACGACCACCAAGAGUUGCGUUGGACUCAUGCAGAAGAAGCUACCCGCAGCGUUGGCCUCUGCCGAAACGAAUUCCUCCGGGGAUGGGGACCGUCGGCUUCUACGGGAGCUUAUCGCACGACCCUCGAUUGAAAGUUCCGAUCCUGAGGACGAUCGUCAUCAGGGCGUCGUCGUCGGCGCCGCCGCCGCCGCCGCCGUCGCAAGUCGAGUUUUCGAGAAGGCAAGUUCUUGAGCGAGUGGACGAGGAGCUAGCUAAAGGGAACGAGAGGGCGGCGCUGGCUCUGGUGAAGGACUCGCAGGGCAAGCCCGGGGGUCUCCGUUGCUUCGGUUCCGCGAGGCAGGUACCGCAGCGGCUUUACACUUUAGAUGAACUGAAGUUGAAUGGAAUCGAGACGGCAUCGCUCUUGUCUCCGGUAGACGCGACUCUUGGUGCUAUAGAGAGAAACCUGCAGCUUGCUGCUGUCGCUGGAGGGCUCUCCGCGUGGAACUUGUUGGGUCUUAGUCCCCAGCAAAUCUUCUAUAUUUCUUUGGGCCUUUUGUGUCUGUGGACUUUUGACUCGGUAUCUUUCAAUGGAGGAGUUGGCAGCUUGGUUCUUGAUACAAUUGGCCAUACUUUUAGUCAGAAGUAUCGCAAUAGGGUUCUUCAACAUGAAGCCGGACAUUUCUUGAUUGCUUACCUGGUCGGAAUUCUUCCUAGGGGAUAUACAAUCUCCAGUUUGGAUGCUUUAAAGAAGGAAGGCUCUCUCAAUGUCCAAGCUGGGACUUCUUUUGUAGAUUUCGAAUUUCUUGAAGAAGUCAAUGCGGGAAAAGUAUCGGCGACGACACUCAACAAAUUUGCCUGCAUAGCACUCGCUGGCGUGGCGACUGAAUUUCUUCUAUUUGGAUGUGCUGAGGGAGGUCUUGCAGACAUAAACAAGUUGGAUCUAUUGCUCAAGGGCUUGGGAUUCACCCAGAAGAAGGCGGACUCUCAAGUCAGAUGGUCGGUGCUUAACACGGUCCUGCUGCUGCGCAGGCACGAAGUGGCUCGGGGGAAGCUCACGGAGGCAAUGUCCGAGGGGAAGUCUAUCGGGUCUUGCAUCGACGUCAUAGAAGACACCAUCGGCGAUGCGGACAUCUAGAUCUGAUCGUGAAUCAUCGUCGAUUCUUCUUCUUUGGGUUGGCAACAGAGUUGCUGAGAUCUCAAGUCCUGUCAUGUACGUAGAGAAAAUUUUAUCAGAUCCCUUUCAUCAGGAUCAUGAUAAUUCUUAGUGACUUCAUUCCAAACUACUUACUUGAAUUGUAAAUCCUCAAUUCGAUCUAUGUAACAUAGUCAGAUUAAACAUGUGUUGCUUCAAGUUCUGGAGCAUUUCUUUUGAGUUUCA